AUGUCAGUAAAGAAUGGCAGCCCUGUGCUGCAAUCCACCGAGAUUUCAGCCGGCGUUACUUCGUCCAUCAUCGACAUUCCUCCAGCGGGUCAAGAUGGUCUCGAUGCACAACUGGCUGUCACAGGGUCCAUCGAUGGGUCCAAUGGGCCUACUGCCCCCAUCCCCAUCCCUUCCACGCAGGCCAGGCCAGCCAAGCAGAUUCUAGCCCAACGUCAUGCUUCCAACACCUUCUACCGUUCCUGCGAGAUCUCAUUCAUGGAGCCCGUCGGUUCAAUGUCCAUCAGCCCGGCGAAUCGCGACGUAGUUCUGGCUGCGCGCAAAGGUCUCUUUAUCAUCGACCUCGAGGAUCCUUUCGCUCCUCCUCGCUUCCUGGCACACAUGACUACUUGGGAAGCCGUCGACAUCCAGUGGUCUCCGCAUCCCGCCAGGAGCAAUUGGGUCGCUAGCACCUCCAACCAGAAGCUCCUCAUCUGGAAUCUCGACAGGCCCGGCGAUCCGCGCGCGGCCGCGCCGCUGACAAGGCUCCUUCACCGCGGCUCCAUCCACAGCAGCUCUAGUCCCGUCAUGCCUUCCAACGCGCAUUUCUCCACCCAACGCAGCAGCGCCUACCAGAGCGUAUACAACAGCCAUAGCCUCCAUUCCGGAGUAACAGGCGGAACCCGCAGUGGAUUUGGCGCCAUCCCAACCAGCUCACCGUACGGCGAAACACCUUUACCAGUACCCUCGCAGCUGCAGCUGGCAAGCUCGAGAUCUUCAGCCAUCGAGCAUGUCCUGCACGCACACACUCGAGCCAUCACCGAUAUCAACUGGUCGCCUUUCCAUCCAGAGAUCGUAGCUUCCAGUUCCAUCGAUACCUGGACCUGGGUCUGGGAUCUCCGUAUGAGUGGGGGGUCAGAUGCAGGCGGUCGUCAAAAACCUGCGCAGGGAUACUCGGCCUGGAAUGCCGCAGCGACUCAGGUCAAGUUCAAUCGUGCCAGCGAGCACCGUCUCGCUUCCACAUGCGACAACAAGGUGCUCAUUUGGGACGAUCGCAAGGGCUCGCUUCCUCUCGCCACCAUCGAAGCGCACGAGAGCAAGAUCUACGGCAUAGAUUGGAGCCGAGAUACAAGUCUCGGCCUCGACAGGCUCGUCACCUGUUCCCUCGACCGAACCGUCAAGUUCUGGAACCUGGCUUCGGAUACAUCGCAGGCCGCCAUCGGCGCGAGGGAGCUGGUCACCGAGGCCGAAUCGAUCAUCGAAACAAAGACACCCGUGUGGCGUGCGCGCCACCUACCCUUUGGCAACGGCGUCAUGACGCUGCCGCAGCGCGGCGAUACCACGCUCAGCAUGUGGGCAAAGGACGGCGCCGAAGAGCCUAAAGCAACCUUUGCCGGUCACACCGAUAUCGUCAAGGAGUAUCUCUUCCGUGCCAAGGGAGGCCAGGACCGAGAAAGCGAUGACCGUCAAUUCCAGCUCAUCACGUGGUCCAAGGAUCAGACCUUGCGACUCUGGCCCGUUAGCGACGAACAGACGCGCAAAGUGGGCCACAAGCCAGGCAACCCCAUCCGAGUGCUACUCACGAGGGCGAAUGCUCCGGACAUCUCGUACCGCGAUCCGCCUCUGGCGCUCCCCGUUGGCGGCGAAGACGCUGCAAUGGUCGCCAGCCAGGCGUCGGGAAGCAACAUCACCAGCUCGUCUAUUCUGCCGCCAGAGCAUGCCACACGUGCUCUACUCAGCGGCAAGGGCAGUGGCAGCAAGAUUCAGGCAACUUCGCCCUACAGCUCCUCCAUGUCAGGCUUUCAGAAUAUCGUUCGCGAUGGCAGGACAAGCCCGCUGGCGCCGUUUGCUACCAGUGUUGGAGCGGCUAGAAGGAGGAGCUUGCACCACAGUUCGAGCCACGGCGAUCUGUCUACCGACCUCAAUCAGUUCUCCCGCAGCCCGAACGACACGUUCGGCCGGUCAUGGGGACGUUUGGAUGCUCAGCAGGCGUUCGCGGGCGGAUCUUCUCGCGCCCAAACUACGCAGAUGCAUCAGCUCGCACGAUCACUGCCAAAGCAUGCUGGCGAAGGGGGAGGUGGCCGUUUCGGAGCGUCAUAUCAAAGCUCCAAACACGGAGGAGGCAGCGCUUCCCAACACAGCGGAGGACAAUCAUCGUUCAAAGUUCCGGCCAGUCUGCGUAGCAAAACUGCUUCCAACUCGGCCUCGGCGUCAAAGCAGAGACCUCCGAAUCCCGGCAGGUCUUCGGGUCGACCGUUGCCAAUACAAGAGGAGCAGCAUGGAGCGGGCAAGAAGUCACGCAGGCACGGGGACGGCGCACAGAAGGGCGACAAGGCGGCUCGCAAAGAGGAGAGACGUAGGCUGGCCAAAGCAAUGGACCCGAAUGCCACAAAAAAGGCGGUUGGCGCAGCGAUGCGCCUCGACAGGGGCCGUACCGCAGCUCCAGCAGUGGAUCCGAUCGAGUGGAUUGCCAAUGUGCGGCUCGAAAAAGACGAGACGGAUCUGGACCGGAAUGCUUCGGAGGAUCAUGCCGGCGACGACGAUGGCAAAAAGCAACACUACGGCGGACAGGUUGCGUCGGGACUUGCGGCUGGUAAAGCUGUGCGAAGUGCCGUCGGGUUCGGCCGGGAAGGACCGUCUACCGAGGACGACACGGAUGGCGAGCCCGGACUCACAGUACAAGGUCUUGGAGACGAGAUCAUCGGCAUCAAUCGCAAGCUGCCACGGAUCGUCUUCGAGAAGGUGGAGCUGAACAAACGCAUGUGCGUGCUCACCAUGUACGGGCCUUGGGCGGAUCACGAGCCAGCGUUUCUGCGGAUGCGGAUCAAGUUUCCGGCAAGCUAUCCUCAUCGCGCUCCGCAGUUCGACCUGGAGAAAAGCGCCAACCUCAGUGUCAAGACGCGCUCUUACCUGCUGCGCGGCCUCGCACGAUUGUCGAGCAGAGCGGCGCGUGCAGGCACACCGUGCUUGGAAGUGUGCGCUCGCUUCUUGACGGGAGAGCCAAUCAAGUCGCUCGACGGAACCGACCGUGGUGGACGGGGCGAGAUGGAGGAGGAUGACGCCGAGGCCGACCCGACGACGAGCAGGGCCGAGGGAUCGGCAGCCUCCGACACGGACUCGGAUACCGGUAUACUGGCAUUCCGUCCCGCACGCACGGCGAUUGGAUCCGGCGCGGAGCACAUCAAGCUCAAGAUGCCAGCCAGGAGGAUGGGUGCCAGCUUUGGGCCGAACAACGAGCUGGUGGUGUUUGGCGGCUCGCUCAAUCAGUAUCCGCAAUCGCGCGACUCGUCACGCCAGGUGUCGCGUCAAGGCUCUCGUUCCGCCUCGCGGGCACCCACGGACAUGACUGCCGGUGGACGGAGCAAGUCGAAAGCGGCGAUGAAGCGGUCGCAAUCCAAGGGCGCUUCGAGGCCGAGCACUGCCGGAACGCAAGAAGGGGACAGCGACGGAGCUCGAGGACGCAAAGGAGCGGACGAGGGCGAGGAGGAAUCGCGCUUCUUGCGCUCGUACACGGCGCUGUCGAACGCCAUGUCGUCGCUUGCGUACUACUCGCGAACGGCAAGCGAGGGCGUGACGACGGGCUACUCGGUGCGCGAUUCGGACGUGGUUCAGCUGAUGAGCACCGACUUUUUCGCACGCCGGCUGCUGCGCAAGAAGGACUUUUUCAACAUCUUUGACAGUGUCGUCGACGCGGACGCCAAGAGUGGCGUGGCGACACCGCUGGCCAGAGAUGCACUGGUCGCACGUCAAAAGGCGCAGACGAGAUUCUACAGUGGGAGCGGUGCUUCGACGCCCGGCGCACGGCGUGCAGGGCAUGGCGAUGGCGGGGGUGCCGACGCGACAGGCUCGGGUGACGAGCAGAGUGCUGCCGCAAACACGUUGCACCAUGCGGACCUGCUCGGCUCGCUCCCGGCACCAGCAGCCCUCUUGGUGCUGGACAGGCUCAAAGAGACGCAGAGACGCAGGAAGAUGGGUCUGGUCACCAUCUAUCAGCUCGUCGAGACGGAAGCUGAUGCACAAGAUUAA